CUACACCCUCCCCCCCCCACCCCUUCCUCCCAUUCCCCAUUCUUUUCCCGAACAGACAUCUUCAUCAUGCUGUUCCGUGCUGCCUGGGCCCGUCAGGCCGCGCCUCUGCGCCGUCAGGCCUUUGCUCCCCUUGCCCGUCGCUCCGUCACCACCGACGCGGCCUCGUCGCAUGCUGAGAAUAUCCCCCAGGAGGAAGACAAGCCCUUCACCGUUCAACUCUCCGAUGAGAGCUUCGAGACCUAUGAGAUCGACCCGCCUCCGUACACCAUGGAGGUCACCAAGAAGGAGCUGAAGCAGAUGUACUACGACAUGGUCACGAUCCGCCGUAUGGAGAUGGCCUCCGACCGUCUAUACAAGGAGAAGAAGAUCAGAGGUUUCUGCCAUCUGUCGAACGGCCAGGAAGCCGUCGCCGCCGGUAUCGAGCACGCCCUCACCCGCGACGACAAGGUCAUCACCGCCUACCGAUGCCACGGUUUCGCCCUCAUGCGCGGUGGUACUGUCCGCUCCAUCAUCGGAGAGCUGCUCGGUCGCCGUGAGGGUAUCGCCUACGGCAAGGGUGGCUCCAUGCACAUGUUCGCCCCCAACUUCUACGGUGGCAACGGUAUCGUCGGUGCCCAGGUGCCCGUCGGCGCUGGUCUGGCCUUCGCCCAGCAGUACAACGAGGAUAAGACGGCUUCCGUGAUCCUGUACGGUGACGGUGCCGCCAACCAGGGUCAGGUCUUUGAGGCUUUCAACAUGGCUAAGCUGUGGAAGCUGCCGGCCCUGUUCGGUUGUGAGAACAACAAGUACGGUAUGGGUACCUCCGCCGCUCGUUCCUCCGCCUUGACCGAGUACUACAAGCGUGGCCAAUACAUCCCCGGUAUCAAGGUCAACGCCAUGGACGUCCUGGCCACCAAGGCCGCCGUCAAGUACGGCAAGGAGUGGGCCGUGGCGGGCAACGGUCCCCUCGUCUUCGAGUACGUCACCUACCGCUACGGCGGCCACUCCAUGUCCGACCCGGGCACGACCUACCGCAGCCGCGAGGAGAUCCAGCGCAUGCGCAGCACCAACGACCCCAUCGCGGGCCUCAAGCAGAAGAUCCUCGACUGGAACGUCCUGUCCGAGGACGAGCUCAAGGGCCUGGACAAGGACGCCCGCGCCUUCGUCGACGAGGAGGUCGCCAUCGCCGAGGCCAUGGCCGUCCCGGAUGCCACCCCUCGCAUUCUCUACGAGGACAUCUACGUCCGCGGCAGCGAGCCCCGCUGGAUGCGGGGUCGUACCGUCGACGAGACCUUCUACUAUUAGAUUUGGGGGAAACCAACAAAAACGAAAAGCCAAAAUAAUAGAAUGGGAGGAUCGAAAGGGGUCAAACGGGAGCACAUGAUAUAAAGGAGAUAUAAUCAGAUUGGCCGGUUCCUGUGCAUUUACCUACCUACCUUACCUACCUUGCUCUCUACGAUAUGUUUACUAUGUAAUUUAGCCGUGAAUUUAUUAUAUUGCAUUGA